GCAAUGCAAUAUCAACAACGUGCUGUGCUGUGAUGCGCAUGGUUUGUCGUGAGGAUUAUGUCAGCGUGGAUGUGCAUGCCUUAUUGCUGCGUAGUAUUACUAUCAUCAUCAUAAUCAUCGUCAUCGUCAUCAUUGUUGUUGUUGUUGUUGUUGUCGCUCCGCGGAGAAGGGAGCUCACUGUUUCUCAGUCGGCCUACUAGGUCCGGAGUAUCUCCGCCGUGGUCGUCGUCUAGAUAUCUCCCUUAGUGACGGUGACAGGCACUACGUAUAUUAAUCUACGGUUCCGGAAGUAGAUACUAG